AUGCUCCCAGCCCCCGUCUCCUUCCGUACGGGCCGCACGCGUGGUCUCCUCACCGUACCUGGACCAACAAGCUCCACUGCUGUUCCUCUGCGCGAGUUACUCAGAGCUCCUGCGCGAAUCACCAACUUCGCCGCUCUCGCCUUAAUCUGCGUAACUCUUGUAUCUGUGUAUCUCAACCUACAUCUAUGGGCAGGUAGCAACGUGGGAUCUGGUGGCGGGGCAUGGCCGCGGAUCAGUGGGAACUUGCCGCCUAGUAUCGCCGCUACACUCGAACGACCUGUGCAACGACGGCUGAUGGAUCACUUGGUCAUUGUGCCCGGUCAUGGCAUAUGGACUGGAGCCGAGGAGGAGGAUAUUUUGGAUGAGAAGUACUGGCUGUUGGCGGAGUACCAGCGUAACCGCGGCCGACCGGCCGUGUUCUUUGAACAUAUUCGUCGCGCAGUCAACAUCGCCAAUAAGGACCCAAGGGCCCUUCUCGUCUUCAGCGGGGGUCAGACAUCCUCCGCUUCAAUCACAGAAGCCCAGUCUUACGCUCGCCUCGCUCAGAUUGGGGGACUAGUAGCCGACCCGGUCUCGAUCUAUACAUUCAUGGGUCUACCGGUUGAAAGCACUACCGAACUAUUCGCGCUCGAUUCCUUCCAAAACUUGCUCUUCUCAAUCGCGCGCUUCCGCGAGUAUACCGGCCACUAUCCCACGAACAUAACCGUCGUAGGAUAUGCGUUCAAGGGCCAACGCUUCGAAGAGCUUCAUGCACGCGCACUGCGUUGGCCUGUGAAUAGGCUAGCGUACAUUGGUGUGGAACUCGACGAUAAGGCAGACGAAGCUCAAGCUGCUCAGGGAGAGCUGGAGAACUCCUUUCGACCGUUUACGACGGAUCUGUAUGGAUGCUGGGGACCACUCACGGCAAAGCGACUUUCGCGCAAUCCACAUCUCCGGGCACACCCAUAUCACGCGUCGGCUCCUGAAAUCGCCAAGCUCAUCGAGUGGUGCCCGAGCGACGGCACCUCUGUAUACCCUGGCCCGUUACCUUGGGCCAUGUUAUAA